CUCCGCGCGAUGAGCCACGUCUGUGUGCUGAGCGGAUCGCUGUAGAGGAGGUGUCAGGCUGGGCUGACAGGACACAAUUGGACAGAUGUUGGAGGACACGGAUCUCCCUGCGGUGACAAGCGUGGACGCAGUUUGGGUUCAUUUUGCCCCUAGACAUUAUAAUGCCACUAAGUCCUGGUGCGGCUGACAUGAUGGGUUUACCUUGCUGGGCCGUACUAUGGAAAGUACUCUUCACGUUGGGGCUGGUCCUCUUCUAUUACUGUUUCUCCAUCGGGAUCACCUUCUACAACAAAUGGCUGCUUAAGAAGUUUCACUUUCCUCUGUUUAUGACUCUUGUGCAUCUGCUGAUGAUUUUCAUUAUGUCAGCAGUAAGUCGGGCACUGAUGACAUGCUAUAGCGGCCGUGCGCGUGUUAUCCUACCGUGGUCAGACUACCUAAAAAAAGUGGCCCCUACAGCUUUGGCCACUGCCCUGGACAUUGGGCUUUCCAACUGGAGCUUCCUGUACAUCACUGUGUCACUGUACACCAUGACAAAGUCCUCCGCUGUCCUCUUCAUCCUCUUCUUCUCCCUCGUCUUCAAGUUGGAGGAGCUGAGACCGGCCCUUAUUCUGGUCGUAUUACUCAUUUCCGGAGGCCUCUUUAUGUUCACUUUCAAGUCCACGCAGUUUGACACCAGGGGUUUCGUUUUGGUCCUUGCUGCGUCCUGUCUUGGUGGGAUCAGAUGGACCCUGACCCAGAUCCUCAUGCAGAAGGCAGAGCUGGGUUUACAGAAUCCCAUAGACACUAUGUUUCACUUACAACCUCUUAUGUUCCUCAGCCUGUUCCCAUUGUUUGUUGGCAUUGAAGGUGUUCAUAUGUCCACAUCGCAACAGUUGUUCCGCUAUCAUGAAAUUCGGGAGCCACUUGUCAUUUUGGGAACGCUUGGAUUGGGUGGACUUCUGGCUUUUGGACUGGGAUAUUCUGAGUUCCUACUAGUUUCAAAAACAUCCAGUCUCACCCUGUCCAUAGCUGGCAUUUUUAAGGAGCUCUGUGUACUUCUGUUGGCCACACACCUGCUGGGUGAUAAAAUGAGCCUUCUUAAUUGGCUGGGGUUCGCAGUCUGUAUCGCGGGUAUUGCUUUGCAUGUUGCUCUCAGGACCACACACUCAAAAGGAGAGGAAAUCCACAAGGAACACAGAGUGUCUCUCAGCACAGACAUGGAGAUGUUACUCAGGGGAGGUGAUGAUGAGGAGGAAGAGGAUGAAGAGACAUGACUAAUGAACCAAGGAAUCAAUCAUGAGGAACUUUGAGAGAUAAAGGGGACCAAUAAUGUGAAUUCCCUCUGGCUCACUGUGGAAUGUAUGCCAAGAAGAGGAACAAUAGGAGCCUUUUCAGCAGGAAAGACUGGGGA